UGUGGACAUUAUUGGUCAACUCAAACGAACACAUUUCAUACCUUUUUCGCGCGGGGCUGUCAAAAAGUCAAGUCUGUGUCGGCAGCAUUUCACAUAAUUAGCGGGGGGGAAACAUACCUACAGAGAAAGUCGAUGCCCAACGCCAUCCUCAGAUAGAUGUGCACAGGUCAACAACAUGGACACUUACGGUCAGUGGUUUGAAGCUACGUCGGGACGAGAUGGUAAAUCUCAUAAGAAGAAGGCUUCCUCCUCCCACCUCAGUACGCCAUGCCCCGAAGAAGGAGACCGCAAACCCAAGUUUCACCGGCCAUUUAAAAAUCUCACUGAUGACGUGCUGGACAGAUUUGCAAGUAUUCGGAUCCCAGGAAGUAAAAAGGAGCGGUCAGCGAUGCCCCAUCCUAAACACAGUACUACUGAUUGGUCUGUAUUUUCAUCGUCCAGCUCCCAGUUUGAGGAACUUUCAUCAAAGAUCACUUCAGAAAAGGAAAUAUUGGCACUGUUUGAAAAAAUGAUGGAGGACAUGAACUUGAAUGAAGAAAAAAAGACUCCCUUAAGAGACAAGGACUUGAAUACAAAGAGAGAAAUGGUCAUCCAGUAUGUCUGUACUUCUUCCAAAAUGGGUAACUUGAAAAGCAGCUAUCAGAUAUCUCCUCAGGAAUUCCUAGGAGAGCUUAAAUCAGGGGUGAUGGAAGAACGCCUCUUUGCUUGCCUAGACUCACUGCGUGUGUCACUUACCAGCAAUCCUGUCAGUUGGGUGCAAAGCUUUGGUCAUGAGGGCCUUGGACUUCUCCUUGACAUAUUGGAGAGGUUGCUGUCCAAGAAACAGCAGGAGAGGAUCGACAAAAAGAACCAACAUAAGGUUAUCCAAUGUCUAAAAGCCUUCAUGAACAAUAAGUAUGGGUUGGAUAGAAUACUUGCUGAGGAGAGAAGUCUUGCUUUACUAUCAAGAGCAAUAGAUCCCACACAAUCCGCUAUGAUGACCGAUGUGAUGAAGCUGCUGUCGGCCAUCUGCAUUGUGGGCGAAGAGAACAUUUUGGAGAAAGUCCUUGAAGCCAUCACCACAGCUGGGGAAUGGAGAGGCAUUGAGAGAUUUAAUCCCAUUGUGAUAGGACUACGAGAUCACUCGGUGCAGUUACAAGUAGCAUGCAUGCAGUUAAUCAAUGCGCUUGUGACGUCACCUGAUGAGCUGGAAUUAAGGCUGCACAUCAGAAAUGAAUUUAUUCGCUGUGGUCUUAAAGCCAUUUUACCGCAACUGUCAACUGUGAGGAAUGAGGCCCUUGACAUUCAGCUCAAGGUGUUUGAGGAACACAAAGAAGAGGACAUGAUUGAUUUUUCUCAUAGGCUGGAGGACAUCAAAAGCGAGCUGGAUGAUGCGGGAGACCUGUUCAGUGUUUUGCUGAAUAUGGUGAAGGACAGCAGUGCAGAAAACUAUUUCAUCUCUAUCUUGCAGCACUUGGUCCUCAUUCGCAACGACUACUUAGUCAGGCCUCAGUACUUUAAAAUCAUUGAGGAGUGUGUAUCUCAAAUUGUUCUGCAUCGUCACGGAACAGAUCCAGACUUCAGUUAUCGUAAACGUCUUGAUGUGGAUUUCAGCCACCUCAUAGAGGUUUGUGUAGAUAAGGCGAGAUUUGAGGAGUAUGAACAAAGAGCUUUGGAACUGGCAGAAAAGUUUGAUGAAGAAUUUUUAAAACGCCAGGAGACCCAAGCUCAGCUGGUUAAGGGUGAAGAAAAGAUAGCUGAGCUUCAAGCUGAGCUCCAGGCUUUCAAGUCUCAGGGUGGAGCUGUACCAGUGGUUGGCUGCGUUGCACAGGUGUCUUCAUUACCCUGUGGGCUUUCACCCUCUAACCCAGCAUCUGGGUUGCCAGUUCCUCCUCCACCCCCUCUUCCUCCAUUACCUGGAUGCACUGCACCCCCUCCUCCACCUGGAGUGCCUCCUCCAUUUGGUGCCCCUCCUCUACCCCCAUUAGGAUUUGGGUGCAAUUCAGGCUUGUCCACUUGUCUUGCAUUGCCUUAUGGCCUUAGACCUAAGAAGGAGUUCAAGCCUGAGAAUUCCACAAAACGCCUUAAUUGGUCCAAGAUCCAUCCCCAGGAAAUGUCAGAUGGUUGUUUCUGGGUGCUCGCAGAUGAUGACAAAUAUGCAAAGCCUGAUUUGCUUAGCAGAGUUGCUCUCACUUUUGGUUCACAAAAACCAGCAAAAAGAGAAGAGGACGAUCUGGAUGACAAAAAAUCAAUUAAGAAGCGAAUUAAAGAGCUGAAGGUUCUUGAUCCCAAGAUUGCGCAGAAUCUAUCCAUUUUCCUUGGUUCUUUCCGCAUGCCUUAUAAAGAAAUUCGGCAAAUGAUAUUAGAGGUUGAUGAAGAGCAGCUGACCGAACCAAUGAUACAGAACCUUGUGAAACACUUACCUGAGCAGGAGCAGCUGAAUGCAUUGGCUAAGUAUAAGAAUGACUAUCCAAAUUUGUCAGAGCCGGAGCAGUUUGGAGUUAUUAUGAGCAGCGUAAAGCGGCUUCGCCCACGACUCAACCAUAUCCUCUUCCGACUGCAGUUUGAGGAGCAGUUAAACAAUCUGCGUCCAGAUAUUCUGGCUGUAAAUGCAGCUUGUGAUGAAGUCAGGUCGAGUCACUCCUUUGGCCGCUUACUGGAGCUUGUGUUGUUGCUGGGCAAUUACCUGAACGCAGGUUCCCGAAAUGCCCAGUCAUUCGGCUUUGAACUCAGUUCUCUCUGCAAGUUAAAGGAUACAAAGUCAGGUGACCAGAAGACCACGUUGCUUCAUUUCCUGGUGCAAAUAUGUGAGGAAGAAUUUCCAGAUGUGAUCAAAUUUGUUGAGGACUUCAAACAUGUGGACCGAGCAAGCAGGGUGUCUGCAGAGAAUUUGGAAAAGACCCUCAGGCAGAUGGAGGGGCAGCUGUUGCAGCUGGAAAGAGACCUCAAGACUUUCUCUUCCCCGGAUGACCCCAGUGACAUGUUCGUUAAUAAAAUGGCUAGCUUCAGCAAAGUGGCACGUGAGCAGUAUGGCAAGCUGGUAAUAAUGCAGAGCAACAUGGAAACACUUUACCUGAAUCUUUUGGAGUAUUUUGCCGUUGAUCCAAAGAAAACAUCAGUAGAUGAGUUCUUCUCUGAUCUCAGCAACUUCCGGACCAUGUUCACACAAGCACUCAAAGACAACAUGAAGCGUAAGGAAUCUGAGGAGAAACAAAGGAGAGCUCAGGCAGGAAAGGAAAAAGCUGAGCGUGAAAAGCAGGAAAGACAGCAGAAGAGGAGCGGGUUACUUGAACUUAAUGCAGAGAAUGAUGAGACAGGUGUGAUGGAUAGUUUGCUGGAAGCCCUCCAAUCAGGAGCUGCAUUCAGAGACCGCAGGAAGAGAGCACCCAGACCCAAAGAUAUACAGAAGAAGGCCAUAAGCCCCAGCUCCUACCGUCAGGUUUUAAGGCCUAUUAAUCAUGAAAACAAGAAUGCACCUUUACAUCGGUCUCGCUCUCGGCUGGAUGUAAAUGUGAGUUCAGCACUUACGAAGGGUACACCCAUCAAGGAGUCUGACAUCCAAACAGCACCGGCCAAAGCUGUGGUGUGUUCAGUGAUAGGACGCAGUUACAGAAAUAUCCCAGACCACAAUUAUGGGUCAGCUAGUGAGAAAGAGCUGGGCAAGGAAGACCCCAAACCUUCACAGAUGAAAAAAGGGGCUGAAGGGGAGCCUCUGACCUCUCAAAUAUCCUCUGCCGGUGCCAUGGUUGGUAGCAGCAGUGAGGAGUCUGAUGUUGAAGCUCUGUUGGCAAAACUUAGGGCCUUGUAGUACUUGUCCUCCAAAUGAGGUUAUAUUAAAACCAUAGCCGUUUUCAAACACCACAAUAUAAUAUAUUUGCUUUGUAAUUUGGACAAAAGUACCAAAUAUGGUAUAUGAGUAUUAUUGAAAGAAAAUAAAUCCUUGAUGAACCGGAGUAGAAUGACUUCUAUUAAAUCUAUAAGAAGUUUACAUACUAGGGGGGGAAAAAAAGUAGAGCACAAUCAACUAAUAACGUGGUUUAUAAGAUGACUGCAAGGGAAAAUACAAAGUCAUUCUAUGGCUCAUUGGUAAAAUCAGACCUUUGCUACUGUAAUUUUUCUUACGUGCAAACAUUCCUUUAAAUUGAACUCAAUUACCCAGCACUUUCUAAUCUAUGGUUCUAAUUCAGAUUUUCACUUGUAUUCCAUUUCCUGUCUUUAUCUUAUAUUAACAUCUAUUUAUUUAUUUUUCUUAUCCUAUUUGUCAGCAAGCUUUAAUGAAAAAUUAUGUGAAAACUUUUGCAUUACAUUACUAUUUGGACAGUUUUCAACUUAGUCUUGUUACACUUGUUUUAUCUCUGUGUCCUAAAAAAAAAAAAAAAAAGAACUGACACGUUCAAAAAGUUUGUGUCUUGGCCAAAAACACUCCACUGUUAUUUGCGGAGGUCCAUAUUCCAUUAAAUCAAACGUUUUUUUUUUUUUUUUUUUUUUUUGAGUCCUUUUUCUAAUGAAAGAAACUACUUUGGUAUGAAUUCCUAUGUAAUUACCACAAGAAAAAAAACAGUUCUAGUCAGAUGAAUUACAUUUAUUUGCUUUUGGCAUUUUAAGGUUUGGGGUUAUAUUUUCCUUAUUUUGUGUAUUAUAUUUUCUAUUAAAGAGAUGUUUUCUACCUUCUGUCUACCUUACUAAAUGUAUUUUUCAAAGAAUGAUCAUUUUAGGGCUUAAGUAAAAUUUAGUUAAAGUAUUUUGUAGAGGAGGGGACAUUUAUACAGUAGUAGAGAUUGUUUAAAAAUAGCAUCCAUCAUUUGGAGAAAAAAAUUAUACCGAAUCCUGAUAUUGUAUGCUCCUUUUAUAAACUACUUUGCAAUA